UUUCACUAAUAUCAAAUAAUUGCGAUAAUUGUUAUAAUAUAAAUAUCUCCCCAAUGACUGUGGGAUUCAACUACAGCACUGCAUUUGUUGUACUGGCAUCAUUUCCAACGAGUUGGCAGCACCAGCUAAGAAAUCAUAUUAACGGCAAGCGAAUAGGGUGGAAAACGGAAGGCAUAAGAACGCGACGCUUGUGUUUGUUCGCUGGCAUCUCAAUAAAAAAAACCGUGAUGCGUGCAAUUUAUUAAAUUAAGCGAAUUUUUUUUUGUCCAAUAAUAAUCCAUAGAAUUCGUUCGAAUAAGUAAAGUUUAAAUCAAUAAACGACAAUAAAAAAUCGACAAUAAAGUGAAUUUCGCGGGUCAUCAAAAAACAAACAUAAAACAACACAAGAAUGUCCAAGCCAAAGGUAGCUAAAAAGCGCAAUAAAAAAGCAAAUCAAAAGGAAAAUGUGGAGGAGCCGCCCGCCGAUACAAUUACAGUGGCGCCAAGCAACCACGGGCGGACAGCGGGCCAAACAGCGAUGUACACAAUUCUAUCGAAUGCGCAACUCAACGAGACCUUCCACAAGCGCUACACCAAAGAGAUGCAGCAACUGUACUCCAAGUUGGAUCACGAUGCAUUCAUGAUCACAUUCAUCAAAAUGUUCAAAACAGUACUAGAGGCGGACGAAAACAAUGAUUAUGGCAACACAGCGCUGGCAUUCUGUGCCAAGUUCGUAACUAGCUUCGAAUCGGAGAAAACACAUCCCAUACUAGCCGAAACAUUCUCCUGGCUGCUAACGACAAUUUCAAAUAGUCCGCACAUUCGAUAUCGCAUCUGUUUCUUUGUGAAUCUGAUACUGAAACAUCUGGGACCAAAUGCCGCACUCGACGACACACAAUGCGAUCAGAUACUACACUAUAUGCUCGAUCGGCUGAAAGACGUGUCGCCUAGUGUGCGUAAGGAAGCCGUUUUGGCCAUGCAACGCCUACAGAUCCCCGACAAUCCCAACGAUGAAGUGCUGGUUGCCUAUCGCUAUCACUUGAGUGCCGAUCCAGCGUCCAGUGUGCGGCAGUGCAUCAUCACGUGCAUGGGUCGAAACUACAUUACGGUGCCUCACAUUCUGCAGCGUCUGUGGGAUGUGGACGAGAAGGUGCGACGCCACACCUACAUCAACAUGUGCAACUAUCCGGUGCGCUCGUACAAGGUGUCGCAGCGUCUGACGCUCGUCGAGCGUGGCCUUAACGAUAGCUCGGAGUCGGUGCGCAAGAAUGUCAUCAAAUAUAUGCUGAAGGCAUGGAUUGAAUCGUACCAGCAGAACUUUAUUCAACUGAUAGCUGCCCUCAAGCUCGACUCGAAUGAGGAGGAGAUAAUACGCUUUCGGCGCGUCGUUCGCCAAAUGCUGAUGGUUAUCUUCGAGCGACACGACAAUCAGAUGCUGCUCGAGCAGCUGCCAUUAUCCGAGGAUUGCGAGCUGCAUCGCUGUGUGCCGCACGAGACGCUGACCGUGGAGCUGUUGCUCUACUGGCAAUGCCUCAGCGACUACUUUCAGCAAAGCAAUGCCGAUGAGUUCGAGCUGAUUCUGCCCGAGCUGUCUGUUUUCUGUGACUAUAUAAAGAAAUUCUGCCAGUUUCAGAAGCCCGAGAUGGACAAAUUCGCACAGAUCGAGUUCCAGUGCAUGCUGCUUUCGUUGGUGGAAAUGCUGCAGACUUACGAUCUGGGCGACGAGAUCGGGCGUGGCAAUAUGAAGGAGCUGAUCACACAUCUGCUGAAGGAGUGUCUGCUCGAUCACAAGAUUAUCGCUGGGCUGGUGCGCUGCAUGGAGCUGCUGGAGAGCGACGUGAGUGCACGCAUGCAGUUCUUCAUUAAUAUCAUCUACGAAAUAUGCGAACUGAAUGCCAAGCAAAACGAUUUGGUGCACGAUCGUAGUUUAAUCGAUAAACUGAUGAGCGGCGUUGACACUUCUCUGGUCAUGAAGAUCCGAACGCUAAAAGUGCGCAUUCUUGAGUUGGAGGAGAUGGAGGAAAACUUUGUCCGCCAGAAGGAGUACAUCAGGGCGCAGGCUGUUAAUGAUGAGAAAAUUGCCGCCACCGACGAAUACACCGAACUAGUGCAGCCGCUGCUGGAGAAGCACGGUGUGGAGGGGCUGCCGGCGCGACCCAAGCUGUCCAAGCAGGAGCGUGUGCUUAAAGGUCUGCACAUCUCAUUUUACAUGGUGGCCUCCAAGCAGGUGAACUCUCUAAAUCCCACAAUCUGCAAGCUUUACAAGGAUUUCGUGUGUCGCCACUUGGCAUCCUCGGAAAUGAACAUCUUUGAGUGGGCCAUCAAGUGUGGCACCACAUUCAGCAUGUUCUACGAGUCGUACACUAAGGAGGUCUUCGAUGUGGUCGUCGAUCAGUUUUACAAGGACAACAAUUUGCGGCUCUGCGAGACGGCAGCACAGUGUUUAUUCGAGCUGAUGGAUCACUACGGUGUGGAUUAUUUCAUUGACAUGAAUCAAACAGCCACGAACCAGGGACAGGCGCCCAAAUCAAAGCGUCGCUUGCUGUACACCAUGCAGGACUUUUACGAAGGCGAAGAGGAUCGCAGUCAAAGUCAGAACAGCGAUCAAAAUACUGACAUUAUUGGCAUGAUGGGUUUCUUUGUCGAGAAGGUCGUGGACAAGGGCAUUCUGGUGGCCAUUGUGCGUGGUCUUUGUCGUUUGGUGUUGCGCGGCCAGCUGGACAAUCGCAGCGAUAUUGUGGAGAAGUUGCUCAAGCGUUAUUUUAAUCCAUUAACGGAACCAAUUGUUAGCCAGGUGCUGGCCAUAUUCUUUGAGAAGAUUGUGGACUUAAAACUCCAAAGAAUACUUCAGCCAUGUCUGUUGCCCAUUGUGUGGUCCAUCAUGAACAGCAGUUACGAUUCACCGCUGCACGAUGUAGUGCCUGGUCAUGUGACCAAGUUCUUCAUUGAUCUAACGGCCCAGGAGAAGAGCACGCCGGAAAGCAAUAUACACAAUCAGAUGGCGCUCAGUUUUCUGCAUUAUAUAAAAAACUAUUACACGGAACGCAAGGAAAUGUGUCGUUUGCUGGCCAAGGAUCUCAUCACACUAAAGCUGAACGUUCUCAAUGAAACAGAAAUGAAGGAUGAAAUGCUCGAACUUGCCGAGAAUCUGCUUAAUAGUGAACUGGAACCGCGAUUGGUACGCAAUAUUACUGACUUUAAGGAUAUGUUGAACGGCUGCUUACAACCGCCUGCGCGUAACCCAGAAGGACAUGAAAGCGAGAACGAUGGCGAAGAUUGUGAAAGCAUUGCGGCAACCACAGCUUCCACAUCGGAGUGCCCAGCUCCAGCGCGUAAAACAAUUGUGCCAACCAUAAUUGAAGAGCCCGGCGAAAUCGCCUCAGGGCCGGCAUCACCAGCUCCAGCCGCAGCAACACGCACAGCACCGACUACGCCAGUUCCAACAGAGACCUCUGAACCGGUGCUGACCACCUUUGGUAAACAAAAUGAAGUUGGCUUACGCUUCCUGCGACGUUCGUUGCACAAUUCCAUAAGCCAUUCGGAUGGAGACAGCAUAUGUGGUUCGCAAUCGCCGUCGCAUGAGUCAGAAACAGCGGAACAGCAGAAGAAUAAAGCCAGUGAAAUAAGUAGAAAAAAUCUGCGUCGUCGUAAAACAGGUGAACGCUUGCAGUUGGCUAUGGCACGGGGCUCACAGACACCGGAGAAGCGACCACUUACGCCUGAGCCGACAGAGACAAGCGUAAAUGAAAGCAGAGAUGAAACAAUCAAUGUAACGGCAAUUGAAUUCGAAAAUGAAACAGCAAGUGAAUCCUUAAAACAAACUAUAAACAAAUCCAUAAAUAAAAGCUCAAGUCAAUCCGCUAUUGAAACUAAUAACACAUCCACGAAUAAAAGCGCACGUGAAUCUACAAAUGAAAAUGCAAAUACAUCUACAAAUAAAAGCGCACGUGAAUCUCCAAAUGAAACAGCAAAUAAAUCCACAAAUCAGACUGCAAGUGAUUCUACAAAUGUAACUACAAGUGAAUUCACAAAUGUAACUUCAAGUGAAUCCACAAAUGUAACUACAAGUGAAUCCACAAAUGUAACUACAAGUGAAUCCACAAAUGAAACAACAGCUGCGACAAUUAUUGAAGUUGUGCCCACAACUCCAGUAUCCAACAAAUCUCACAACAAUUCCGAAGUGAUUGAGGAUUCACCGACAGUUGUCGUUUCUAGUUCGUCACCACCCACGCACAAUGAUCGAAGCAGUCUGCGCAUGCGCUCGCUGCGCAACCGAAGGGCAGCUGUUGCUCGCCUAUCGCCCACGGCCAGCAGUAAAAAGCGCAAAGUUCUACACCUUGAGAUUCAGACUCCAUUGCGAAAUGGGCGCAAACGUGUGCUGCGCAAAUCAGUGCAAGCAUCAGCGUCUCAAUCCUCCGACUCGGGCACAUCCUCGCAGCGCGUUUCGCCACUGCGCAAGCAACAGCGCUUGGAUGCAAAGACGCCCGUGCGGAAGAGCAACAGCGUAGUGAUCACUGUGAAUAGUGAAAAGAACACAAGUAGUCCCACGGGCAGCACAACUUCAUCCGUUAAGGAGAACACGAUGCCAACGAAGAACCUCGCACACAAAACGCCGCAGCCCAAAAGGCUAUCCACAUCAACAUCGCAGCCCUUGGCCACCACUCCAGCAUCACGGAUAACUACGCGGAAUUCGGCACGCAAGAUGCGCAUCGAUGCCAUGUGCAUGACCCGCAAACGCAUGUCUCUCGAGCUGAGUCUGACCGAGACCAAUGCCAAGAUGCCCACGCCCAAGCGAGUGCGCAAGGAAGUGGGACGUCCCAGGCGCACAGGAUCCAUCGAUCGCUCUACACACACCCUCAACACAAGCACCACGAGUACCGCGAGAACAACGCGAAGUGCGAGCAAAUCGGCGACAAGUUCGCGAGAGUCCCGAAAAACCCGUGCAGCCCAAGCUGAGGCGGCAUCCAACUCCUUUGUGUCUACUCGCAAUCAACGCAAGUAGCCUAGUCCCUUCCCCUUCCAUGUCCCCUUCCCUUGCCCAUAUUUUCAUUCUCAGCUAAAACACCCUACACAAUAAUUAGUUUAAUUUUAAAAUUUAUAAUUUGUGUUAUGUCUUCUAUAACAUUGUACGCGUUCCAAUGCUUGUAAAUUUUAUGUAUAAAACGUAGUCUUGUUGAAAUAUAAUUAUUUAAAAUGACAGCAGAA